CACGGAAGCAUCGGGAGGGAGAUGCCGCCCUUGCCCUGAGGGCCAGCAGCUCCCCGGCCCCGCAGGACCCGGAUCGGCUGAGCCAUGAACGCGUCCUGCUGCCCGCCCUCCGCGCGCCCGACUGCGCCCAACACCUCGGAGCUCCGCGCACCCGCUUCCCUCGGCAACCACAGCAGCAGCGGCUUCUGCGAGCAGGUCUUCAUCAAGCCCGAGGUCUUCCUGGCGCUGGGCAUCGUCAGCCUGCUGGAAAACAUCCUGGUCAUCCUGGCCGUGGUCAGGAACGGCAACCUGCACUCGCCCAUGUACUUCUUCCUCUGCAGCCUGGCGGUGGCCGACAUGCUGGUGAGCGUGUCCAACGCCCUGGAGACCGUCAUGAUCGCCAUCGUCAACAGCAACGCGCUGACCUUCGAGGACCAGUUCAUCCAGCACAUGGACAACAUCUUCGACUCCAUGAUCUGCAUCUCGCUGGUGGCCUCCAUCUGCAACCUCCUGGCCAUCGCGGUGGACAGGUACGUGACCAUCUCCUACGCCCUGCGCUACCACAGCAUCAUGACGGUGAGGAAGGCCCUCGCCGUGAUCGCGGGCAUCUGGCUGUGCUGCGGCGUGUGCGGCGUGGUGUUCAUCGUCUACUCGGAGAGCAAGAUGGUCAUCGUGUGCCUCAUCACCAUGUUCUUCGCCAUGAUGCUGCUCAUGGGCACCCUCUACGUGCACAUGUUCCUGUUCGCCCGGCUGCACGUCAAGCGCAUCGCGGUGCUGCCGCCCGCCAGCGGGGCGGCCCCGCAGCAGCACUCGUGCAUGAAGGGCGCCGUCACCAUCACCAUCCUGCUGGGGGUGUUCAUCUUCUGCUGGGCCCCCUUCUUCCUGCACCUGGUCCUCAUCAUCACCUGCCCCACCAACCCCUACUGCAUCUGCUACACCGCCCACUUCAACACCUACCUGGUCCUCAUCAUGUGCAACUCGGUCGUGGACCCCCUCAUCUACGCCUUCCGGAGCCUGGAGCUUCGCAACACGUUUAAGGAGAUUCUCUGUGGCUGCAGCAGCGUGAAUCUGAGAUAGGGCGGCCGGACCCGGGAGAGGCUCAGCAGCCCAGUCCCCCUUCGCCUCUGCAUCUGGCCAAGAUGCUUAGAAAGGAAAAGAAAAAUAUUGAGAGGGUAUAAAAAUGUGUCAACAGACACGAUGACUUUUAAAAAGAGAAAGUGACAAGAACAGGCGCCCAGGGAGGACCCCAGAGUGGGUCAGUCAUCUCUGGUCUCUCCAGAAUCACUGGAGACCACAGUACCUUCCGCCCCAAGGCUUGCAGUGUCCCCCUGCUCCUCUGCCUUGCACCCCUGCCUUCCACGCUGGAGGAGUCUCCCACACAGGAAGCUAGCUCAGCCCUCCAGCAAGCAAACCUCCUAACAGCUCAGCCCUCCAGCAACCGGCUGCACAGGUAGCUUUGUGCUUGGUCUGUGAAAGCUUGAGUUGCUAGCCUAUUACUUUAAUUACAGUAAACCAAGUCUCAAAACAGUGAAGUCUUUGUGGAAAACGUGAUGUGCCGCUGCUUUCCCUCUUCUUGCCCUUGCACCCACCCCAGCUUCCAAAAUAGCAUGGAGGUGUCUCCCACUUCUGCUCUUGUGGUGGUUGUUGUUGGGGUUUGUGCAUUCAAUUGAAGGCAACCUGCAAAGUCUGUUGACAAAGAGAAAAUGCUGUGGAUAAUGAGAAUGUCACUGUUGUAUUCUUGUAUUUUAAUACCUUGCUAUUUCACGGUAGAAGUUACUUUUUUAAAAUGAAGAUAUUAUUAUUAUUAUUAUUAUUAUUAAUUAUUUUACUGCCUUUAAAACAAGAGAGGAACUGGUGGGUAGGAGGCUGUGUAAAUGUAUAUAUCCCAAGGAAGCGUACUUUGAGAAACUGCAGAACUGCCAUGUGGCUUUCUCGGUUUUGCUCAUAGUAACUCCGUCUCCAUCACAUAAUUAAGUCGACAGUGUCUGUGAAAGAAUGUUUUCUGGCUCACUGCUCCCUUGGCUCGGCAUGACAUUAAAGUUGGGUGACGCUGUUCUCAAUGUUCGUGCUUUGUCAAAUAAAGCAACUCCUUCCCAUGCACACAGGGUUAGGUUACUGACCGGCAGUGUGUCCUGCGGGAUGCUGCUAGCACCCGCCAGGUCCUGUCUUGGCCUGGCUCCCUCUCCUUUGCACCGUGCACAGCCCCCAGCCAUGAAUUCUUAUGUUGUACUGGGCCGCUGGGGUGCUGUUGUGUGUUUACCUUACUCUGGAACAUAUGGGGGGGAGGGCUUGAGGAAUGUCUGCUCGUGUAAAACCCUGUGUUUUUUGUGAUUAUUUUUGGUACCUAAAGAAUGUCUGCUCAUAUAAGCAA